AUGAACCCUACUUAUCGUUCUCCUAACUCUCCGGGCCGGUCCCAACGAGGCCCCGCCCCAGUCUAUCGUCAUCACCCCCAGCCUCCACCAGUCUCCGACGACGACGACGAAGAAGACGACUCAGACGACAACGAAUUGGCUCGCCCCGGAUCCUCCGGUAGUGAUGCCUCCUCCAAUGUGACCACCGUCUCCGCCGCCCCGAUCACCCCGAUCAACCCGCCUACCGGUGGUAGUUAUUUCUCUCCUCACCGAUCCUCAGCAACCACGUCGCCCCAACACGCGGCCGCUAGAAUGCCGCAAGACCGUCGGCCGUCGGGUCGAGGCCCUUCGUCUGAACUGACACGACACAGGUCUCGGCAUCAUUCACAAGGUUUCUUUGAGCCCUCACUACCCACCGCAUCGUCCGAUCAGCUGCCCCCGGUGUCGGCUUCCCGCAUCGCUGCUCAGGCUGCUAUGCAGCAAAUCAAACGUUCAGAUGACGCACUACGAAGUGGCAGCUCUUCCCCUCCACCUUUACCUGCGUUGGUGCCUGCUCCCCUUCGACUCAACCAACCCUCUCCGAAUGUGGCCACAACGGCCGCCAACGUGGUUCGAGAGAAAUCAGAUCCUUUUAAUCGGGAUCGUGGACUGCCGUCUCCGAGCAAGAUUGGCAAUGGUCUCUCGCGCAUGGUUAGCGGGUCCACGGCUAGCUUGGCCGAUCUGCCCUCUAACAACUCCUCUAUGUAUAACCUCUCCAAUGCCUCUGUCAAUACCGUGGUACCGGCAGGAGACAAAUCCCAGCCUGCUGUACCAGAGAAGGACACCAAAGACAAGGAUAAACACAAGCAUCACUUUUUGUCGCGACAGAAGCUCAAGCUCAAGGACCGCGACGAGCACUUGAAGUUACCUCUAUCCUCAGCAUCGAGUAACUCUCGUCCUGCUGACCCCAAUGCUCCCCAGUCCCUCUACUCUUUCACCGGGCCUUCCUCCCCGGCUCCGGGUGCCACCUUUGGGAAAUCUGUCAGUGGGUUGGAUUUGCUACAUGGCGGUCGAGCCCUGCGCGAAAAGAAGAAGGAAGAAAAGGGAAAGGAGAAGGCGCUUGCGGAAUCCGAGCAUACUGAAUGGCUCAAUAAUGCGGCGGCGGGUGGAAAUGCUGCCGCCACUGUUUUUACUGGACCUUCUUCUUUAAAUAGCUCGUCUGGUGCGAUGGGAGAGGCGGUCCUACGAGAGACUUUACAAGGGUUCGGACUUAACAACAUGUCUCCUGAGGACGCAUGGGACUUUCUCAAGGCGAAGUUGCUGGUCAUUUUUGAUGGCGAGGACGUGCGAAUAGCCAUCGAAGAUCUUAACAAGCUUGUGCUGGUGCAUCUACAACGCUGUGUCCAGAAACGCACUCCCACAUCAAUCAUUUUAGAUCUCCAAGAACUGCUGGAGACCGGCUUUGCGACGCUCAACCACAGUUCCUUGGUUGGAAUUGCCGAUGAAAAGCUGGUUCCUCAUUUAGUUCAAGUGUGGUUAUUGGUCUUUGGCACAAUAUUGCCAUUUAUCCAAGCCGUCUUCUUGCCUCUGGACCUUGAGUUCAAGGGCGUUGGCUCGUUGAUGUCUGCUUGUGAAGCUCAUGAAUUCUGGGGAUCACUACCAGUCGGUGGGCUGCUUGACGUGCGAAACCUAGUGUUGAUCGCGUUCCGAGACCGUAUGAUCCUCAACCGCUACGAAACCCUCAAACAAACCUUCUCUCGCCUCAGCCUGGACAGUAUCAACACUGGAUUCCCUACACUGAGCGUGACAGCCAAAAGCACCGGCACAGGCGGCCGACCAGGUACAGCUGCAUCACUAGACGCAGGCCUCGGCAGUUACAACUCUCAGUCCUCGACCAUGCUCAGCAAUGUCGCUGACAGCUACUCCUCCGACUCCGUGAGUAUCCUGGCUCAUACCAAUGCCAACUUCAGACCCGGAAGCAGCGACUCCCGCAGUCGCGCUACAUCCAACACAUCCUCCAACCCAGAUCCAAUGAUCUUCUCCUCCGUUUCGUCUCCCCCGACCUCGAACCAACGCCCAACAAUCAUGCACCGCGUCGGCUCUGCAGACUCAUCUCACGUCAUCACCGAGACAGUCGGCCGCAUGCUCCAAUGCGUCAGUGUGCUCGCAAGCGUCCAAACAGACGAUGAAUCGCAAGAAAGAAUCGAAGUGCUUAGCAAAGCUCUUAAACACAAUUGGCUCGGCCGCGGCCGCACAGGUCGGGAUCGUCGUGGCUUCGUUGGCGCGAAGAUCCGUCCGGUCAUGGUUGGUGGACCCGUUCCCACGAUUAUGGAUGAUGGAGACUCCCUCACGACGGCGGGCAUCAGUAUCGGUGCUAGUACCAGUACUGGUGGCUCACGUGCUCGUGGAGAUUCUUCGUCUUCGGAGUGGAGCGGACAGGGAAUGGGGAUGAGUAUGCGGAGUGGGACCAGUGGAAGGAGGGAAUUGAGCGUUCUUUGA